AUGUCCGGGACCAGCAGCCCCGAAGCGGUGAAGAAGCUGCUGGAAAACAUGCAGGGAGACCUGCGGAGCCUGAGCCUGGAGUGCCGGAAAAAAUUCCCCCCUGUCAAGGAGGCUGCUGAAUCAGGAAUAAUAAAAGUGAAAACAAUAGCUGCACGGAACACAGAUAUUUUGGCAGCAUUAAAAGAGAACAGCUCAGAGGUAGUUCAGCCUUUUCUAAUGGGUUGUGGAACAAAGGAACCAAAGAUCACUCAGCUAUGCCUAGCAGCCAUACAGAGGCUCAUGUCCCAUGAAGUUGUUUCUGAGGCUGCAGCGGGAAACAUUAUUAAUAUGCUUUGGCAACUGAUGGAAAAUAGUCUUGAAGAACUUAAGUUGCUCCAGACAGUUCUUGUUCUUUUAACAACUAAUACAGUUGUGCAUGAUGAAGCGCUGUCCAAGGCAAUUGUACUUUGUUUUCGAUUGCACUUCACAAAAGAUAAUAUCACCAAUAACACUGCGGCAGCUACGGUGCGGCAGGUUGUUACUGUUGUAUUUGAGAGGGUGGUUGCUGAAGAUGAACGAUAUAAAGAUACUAUUGACCAGCCAGUUGCAGUUCAAGGAAAUAGUAACAGAAGAUCUGUCAGCACACUGAAGCCAUGUGCUAAAGAUGCAUAUAUGCUUUUUCAGGAUCUUUGUCAGUUAGUUAAUGCUGAUGCUCCCUACUGGCUUGUGGGUAUGACAGAAAUGACCCGGACAUUUGGCCUUGAACUUCUUGAGUCAGUCCUCAAUGACUUUCCACAGGUGUUUUUACAACAUCAGGAAUUCAGUUUUCUUCUUAAAGAAAGAGUAUGCCCUCUUGUUAUAAAGCUCUUCUCCCCAAAUAUCAAAUUCAGGCAAGGUUCCAGCACGUCAUCUUCCCCAGCACCAGUGGAAAAACCAUACUUCCCCAUCUGUAUGCGUUUAUUGAGAGUAGUUUCUGUUUUGAUUAAGCAAUUUUACAGUUUGCUGGUAACAGAAUGUGAAAUCUUUCUCUCAUUGCUGGUUAAGUUUCUGGAUGCAGACAAACCACAGUGGCUAAGAGCUGUUGCAGUAGAAUCUAUUCACAGGCUCUGUGUGCAACCUCAGCUAUUAAGGUCCUUUUGUCAAUCAUAUGAUAUGAAGCAACAUUCCACUAAAGUUUUCCGUGACAUUGUGAACGCAUUGGGGUCCUUCAUCCAGUCGUUAUUUCUUGUACCAAGCACAGGAUGCACUUCAACAACACCAAACCAAACUGGAAGCAAUGCAUUGGGGAAUACUGGCUCAGCACAAGCUAACCCAGGAGUUCUUGGAAUGGGAGGAGGUACAACUGUAUUACCUGCCUUUGAGUACAGAGGCACUUGGAUACCUAUCCUGAAUGUAACAGUACAAGGGAGUGCUAAAGCUACCUAUUUGGAAAUGCUGGACAAAGUAGAGCCACCUACAAUUCCUGAAGGCUAUGCCAUGUCGGUGGCAUUUCACUGUUUACUGGAUCUUGUCCGUGGUAUUACUUCCAUGAUUGAAGGAGAGUUGGGAGAGGUAGAAACAGUCGUUCAAGCCACAGCAGAGACAACUGCAUUACCAGCACAGUCUUCAGAGCAGCAAGACUUGCAGUCUGUGUCUGACCAGUCAGAGAAAGAACUAGUUAGCAGAGCUGUCUGGGAAGAAAUGGUGAAUGCUUGUUGGUGUGGUCUUCUGGCUGCUUUAUCCCUCCUGCUUGAUGCAAGCACUGAUGAAGCUGCCACUGAAAACAUUCUAAAAGCGGAACUGACUAUGGCUGCACUUUGUGGAAGGCUGGGUCUUGUAACAUCAAGAGAUGCUUUUAUCACUGCCAUUUGCAAAGGAUCCCUGCCUCCUCACUAUGCCCUUACUGUAUUAAACAGCACAACUGCAGCUCUGUCCAGCAAAUCAUAUUCCAUUCAGGGACAGAACGUUCAAAUGAUCAGUCCUUCAAGUGAGUCUCAUCAGCAAGUUGUAGCCGUAGGGCAACCCUUAGCUCUUCAGCCACAGGGAACGGUAAUGCUGACUUCAAAAAAUAUCCAGUGUAUGAGGACAUUACUUAACUUAGCUCACUGCCAUGGAGCUGUUCUUGGUACAUCAUGGCAACUUGUGCUGGCUACUCUUCAGCAUCUUGUGUGGAUUCUGGGACUGAAGCCUGGUGUUGGGGGUGCAUUAAAACCUGGAAGAGCUGUAGAAGGGCCUAGCACAGUUCUGACUACAGCAGUUAUGACUGAUCUGCCAGUUAUAUCCAACAUACUAUCAAGGCUUUUUGAAAGCUCACAGUACCUUGAUGAUGUAUCUUUACAUCACUUAAUAAAUGCCCUUUGCUCCUUGUCUCUGGAAGCCAUGGAUAUGGCCUACGGCAACAAUAAGGAACCUUCGCUUUUUGCUGUUGCUAAAUUACUGGAAACAGGACUAGUUAACAUGCACAGGAUUGAGAUUCUUUGGAGACCUCUGACUGGUCAUCUUCUGGAGGUCUGUCAGCAUCCAAACUCCAGAAUGAGAGAAUGGGGAGCAGAAGCUUUAACUUCUCUCAUUAAGGCGGGGCUGACAUUCAGCCACGAUCCUCCAUUAUCUCAAAAUCAGAGACUGCAGCUGCUUUUAUUGAAUCCACUAAAGGAACUGUCAAACAUUAGUCAUCCUGAUAUCAGAAUCAAGCAGUUGGAGUGUGUGCUACAGAUUUUGCAGAGUCAAGGUGACAGCUUAGGACCUGGCUGGCCAUUGGUGCUUGGAGUCAUGGGGGCAAUUCGAAGUGAUCAGGGAGAGUCCUUAAUACGGACUGCAUUCCAGUGUCUUCAGUUGGUUGUGACAGACUUUCUUCCAACAAUGCCGUGUACUUGUCUACAGAUAGUUGUUGAAGUUGCAGGAAGCUUUGGACUUCACAAUCAAGAGCUAAAUAUUAGCUUAACUUCAAUUGGUUUGUUGUGGAAUAUUUCAGAUUAUUUUUUCCAAAGAGGUGAAAUAAUUGAAAAGGACCUAAACAAAGAAGAAGCAGUGUUGCAGAAACAGGCAGAAGAAAAGGGAGUAGUGCUGAAUAGACCUUUUCAUCCUGCACCACCAUUUGACUGUCUUUGGUUAUGCCUCUAUGCCAAACUUGGAGAACUGUGUGUGGAUCCCCGGCCUGCAGUUAGAAAGAGUGCAGGGCAGACAUUGUUUUCUACAAUUGGUGCUCAUGGAACUUUAUUGCAGCAUUCCACAUGGCACACAGUAAUAUGGAAGGUCUUAUUUCACCUCUUGGAUAGGGUUCGAGAAUCUUCUACCACAGCUGACAAAGAGAAGAUUGAAUCAGGAGGAGGCAACAUUCUUAUCCAUCAUUCAAGGGACACAGCUGAGAAGCAGUGGGCUGAGACAUGGGUAUUGACACUGGCUGGAGUUGCAAGAAUAUUUAACACAAGGAGAUACUUACUGCAGCCUUUAGGAGACUUUUCCCAAGCCUGGGAUGUUCUUCUUGAUCACAUCCAAUCAGCAGCACUCAGCAAAAAUAAUGAAGUUUCCUUGGCUGCACUAAAAAGCUUCCAGGAGAUCUUACAGAUUGUUUCUCCUGCCCGAGACUUGGAGAAGCCUGAUACACCACCUGCUAUCAAUGUUUCAGUACCUGUGGUCGUAGGUACAACAACUGCCACUAGCCUUGGCAGAUCAUUCAUGAGAACUGACUCCAUAGGAGAAAGAAUAGGAAGAUACAACGGAGCUGAACCACCUGUAGUAACGGAUGAAAUUGAAGAUUUGAAUCUGUGGUGGGCAGCCUGGAACAGCUGGUAUAGGAUUGGUUCAGAAAGUACAAGGCCUCCACUUACCUGUGAUAAAUUGACUUUCAUUCCCAGCCAGCCUUUUCUUACAGCUUUAAUUCAGAUAUUCCCAGCUCUUUACCAACACAUCAAAACUGGUUUCAGCAUGGAUGAUCUCCAAAAGCUGGGUGUCAUUUUGCAUGGUGCUGUUUCAGUUCCAAUCAGUUCGGAUGCUUCCCCUUUUAUCCUUCCGUCUUACACUGAAGCAGUUUUGACAAGUUUACAGGAAGCGGUGCUUACAGCUUUAGAUGUUUUACAAAAGGCUAUAUGUGUUGGCUCAGAAAGUAUGCAGAUAAUGUAUCCUGCAAUCUUCGACCAGCUGUUGGCCUUUGUAGAAUUUUCCUGCAAGCCUCCACAGUAUGGACAGCUGGAAACAAAGCACAUUGCAAAUGCAAAGUAUAAUCAGAUACAACUAUUUGCACCGGCUGAAUGGGUGGCGUUGAAUUAUGUACCAUUUGCCGAGAGAUCAUUGGAAGUUGUUGUGGACUUAUACCAGAAGACAGCUUGCCAUAAAGCUGUGGUAACAGAGAAAGUUCUUCAGAACAUUAUUAAGACACUAGGAAUACCUCUUAGCUUGAAAUAUUCCUGUCCCUCUGAAAGCACAUGGAAGCUAGCUGUUUCUUCUCUUCUCAAAGUUCUCUCUAUUGGGCUACCUGUUGCAAGGCAGCAUGCAUCUUCUGGAAAAUUUGACAGUAUGUGGCCAGAGCUAGCAAAUACUUUUGAAGACUUUUUAUUCACCAAAAGUACACCUCCUGAUAAUCUCUCCAUUCAAGAAUUUCAGAAGAAUGAGAGCAUUGAUGUUGAGGUGGUGCAGCUUAUCAGCACAGAGAUACUACCAUAUGCUAAUUUUAUUCCUAAGGAAUUUGUGGGUCAAAUAAUGACUAUGCUCAAUAAAGGCUCAAUACAUUCUCAGUCAUCCUCCUUCACAGAAGCUGAAAUAGAUAUUCGGAUGAGAGAGGAGUUUUCUAAGGUGUGUUUUGAAACACUGCUCCAGUUUUCAUUCAGUAAUAAAGUCACAACGCCUCAGGAAGGCUACAUCUCUAGAAUGGCACUUUCUGUGCUCUUGAAAAGGUCACAGGAUGUACUGCAUCGCUACAUAGAAGAUGAGAGAUUGAGUGGCAAAUGUCCUCUUCCCCGGCAACAAGUAACAGAAAUCAUAUUUGUUUUAAAAGCUGUCAGCACCCUCAUAGAUUCACUUAAAAAAACACAACCUGAAAAUGUUGAUGCUAACACGUGGGGACAAGUUAUUGCCUUGUACCCAACUUUAGUAGAAUGUAUCACCUGCUCAUCCUCAGAAGUGUGCUCUGCUCUGAAAGAGGCACUGGUUCCCUUUAAGGACUUCAUGCAUCCACCAGCAUCUAAGGUACAGAAUGGAGAAUCUUGACCCCAUAAAACUGGGUUGCUUUGUUUUUUUUUUUUAAUUCUUAAAGGAAAAAAAUGAUCCAAAAAUGUUUG